AUGACUUCUCCCUCCAAUGGCCCUUCUUCCAAUCAUGCGGAUCAGCCGGAUUCUCAACGAUUGCUGCAGCACGAUUCAACCUUAACGGUUGCACAAUCGGUUUCUCUUUCCAUCGGGGGUGACUCCCUUCUCGUUGUCGGUACGUGUUCGAUUUGGCUAACUGUACCUAUUACAGCUAAAACUACCCAUUCCAUUGGGCUAUAUAAUAUUCUUGAUGCCGAUCUUUCCCCUGCGGGCCUAACUAUCACCUAUGCCCAAGCCGCUACCAAAGGCAGCAUCUCUGUGGCUGCCCUUGAGUACCCGAUCAGUGAGAAAGAAAAGGCAAAUGCGCAGACGUGGGUUUCGCGACUGUUAGACCUUGCAUAUGGCGAAGCACAACGGUAUAAGAGACUUAAAGUUUUAAUCAACCCAUUUGGCGGUAAAGGUGCAGCUUCUAAGAUCUAUCACAAACAUGCAGCACCGGUCUUCGCCGCUGCGCGCUGUGUGGUUGAUGUGCAGCAAACAACACAUCGAGGCCACGCCACCGAGAUCGUGGAGCAGAUCGACAUCGAUGCCUAUGAUGCUAUCGUUUGCUGUUCCGGUGAUGGUUUACCGUAUGAGGUCUUCAAUGGUCUCGGAAAGAAACCGAAUGCUGGAGAAGCACUGGCAAAAGUAGCCGUCGCCAUGGUUCCCUGCGGCUCUGGUAAUGCCAUGGCAUGGAACCUUUGUGGGACGGGCAAUGUUUCAGUGGCAGCGCUUGCGAUUGUCAAAGGCUUGAGAACGCCUAUGGAUCUGGUCUCGCUUACGCAAGGGAACACUCGGACUUUGUCGUUCCUGUCUCAAUCCUUCGGUGUCAUCGCGGAAUCGGACCUUGGAACCGACAACAUCCGAUGGAUGGGGGCUCACCGUUUCACGUACGGUUUCCUUGUACGCAUCAUGCAACGGACGGUGUACCCAUGCGACCUCGCCAUCAAAGUGGAGAUUGAUGAUAAAAGAGCGAUCAAAGACCAUUACAAUACAUACGCACACAACCCAGCUCCGCGCCGUUCCCCCGAAGAGACUGCAGGACAGUCCAAGGGUCUUCCCGAGCUUAGAUACGGCACGGUCCAGGAUGAUCUUCCCAAAGAUUGGGAAGUUGUUCCAGGAGAAGAAAUGGGCAACUUUUACGCAGGCAAAAUGGCUAUUGUAUCCAAGGACACAAAUUUCUUCCCUGCCUCCGUGCCCAACGAUGGGUUAAUGGACAUUGUCACUAUCAACGGAACACUUCCCCGUACUACGACCCUCAAGAUGAUGACUGCCAUCCCUGAGAAUGAGUUCUUUGAUAUGCCCGAUGUCAAGAUCCGCAAAGCUGCUGCCUACCGCCUGGUCCCUCGUCAGAAGGAAGGUUAUAUCAGCGUCGACGGUGAAAGCAUCCCGUUCGAAGCUCUCCAGGCUGAAGUCCAUAAAGGUCUCGGUACAGUGCUUUCUAAAUCGGGACAUCUUUAUGAGGCAGAGGGCCCGAGACCGUAA